AUGAAACUACUAUUAUUCACGUUUAUCUAUGUAACUGCGAUGUGCUAUGGUGAUAUCAUCCGGACGGUAUACUGUAGAAAUCAGUGUACUGACUACAUCAGUAUUCCGGAAGCUUCUAUGCCUUUAUGUGCUCCGGAACAUCUCAAAAUGAAGGAAUGUGGCUCAGUCAUAACUUGCGACUGGGCUGAGGCCGAACGUGACAAUGCGAGACCGAUAGCAAAUAUCAGCUCUGAUGUCAUUUGCUGCUAUAGAGCUACGAUUAAAGAAAAAGGUGACUGUGCUAAUUCUAUUACAGCUGAGCUACCACGAAAGGAUAUCUCACCAGAGUCAGUGGCACUUACCGAUAUCUGCACUAUACACUUUAUACCUUGGUUACUUUGUACUGCAUUACUUGUGGUUGUGAUCCUGCAGGUUUGUUGCCCAUUUCUUCAGUAGAC